AUGCCGCCCCUGCCUGGAUUUUCCGACAACCCCUUGCGUACGCGGGCCGACCUCGUCCAGGCCACAAUUGCGUUGCUCCGACCGCUUGUAUCAUGCUUCUCCUCGGGCAAAGGCCGCGUGCGCGUCCCUGUGUCGACAGCCGCACACUUCGACGAAGGGGCCGCACAGUUGGAGGGUUUUGCGCGGCCCUUAUGGGCGGUCGGUGCACUACUCAUAGCGAGAGCGUCAGAUCCGAGAGAAGCUGCAUUGGUUGAUGAGAUUGUGCAGCCGUGGAUCGAUGGUUUCGUCACAGGAACCGACCCGGACCACGAAGACUACUGGGGCGAGAUUCACGACACUGAUCAACGCAUGGUUGAAGCCGAGAUUCUGGCGUUUUCUUUGCUUGCAGCUCCGGAUCGCACAUACGGAUCACUAGAUGCACGAUCAAAGCACAAUAUCACCAACUGGCUUCGGCAACUCCAUCACCAGCCCAUGCCGAAGAACAACUGGCGCUGGUUUCGUGUAUUUGCAAACCUAGCGCUGGUCAAAGUUUGCGGAUUGUCACUCGAUACUGUACAGAAGGAGAUGGCAGCUGACCUGGAACUGCUUGACACAUUUUACCGCCUAGAUGGAUGGUCUGCCGAUGGGCCCUGGCAGACGCCAGAGCAAGCCGAGAGUGAAGUAGAAGCCUACAAAGAGACGGGGCGGCGGGAUACCAUCGGCAUUGGGCGUCAGGCUGACUACUACUCGGGGAGCUUCGCCAUUCAAUUCAGUCAAUUACUUUUUGUACGUUUCGGCUCAGACAUCGACCCUAGCCGAGCCGAGAUCUAUCGUCAACGAGCGAGGGACUUUGGUGUUGGUUUUUGGCGCUACUUUGACGCUGAUGGUGCUGCUAUUCCGUUCGGAAGGUCACUCACAUACCGAUUCGCCUGUGGCGGUUUCUUUUCAGCCCUCGCAUUUGCCGACGUCGUUAACAUGCCUGCACCUCUCGACAACCCUGGGGCCAUUAAAGGGUUUCUUCUACGGCAUCUCAGAUGGUGGGCGCGACACUCCACCAGCAUCUUCAACACCGAUGGCACGCUCAGCAUCGGAUGGCUCUAUCCGAAUAUGUACAUGAGUGAAGAUUAUAACUCCCCGCAGUCCCCAUACUGGUGUCUGAAGACCCUUAUCGCGGUCGGAAUAUGUGAGGAUCACGACUUUUGGCAGGCCGAAGAGCAACCAUACCCUGAUUUCGGUCCAGGCACAGCAUUAUUGCCCGCACCCGAGCAAAUUCUCUGCAACCAUCCUACAGGGAACCAUCACUUCAUGCUGUCACCUGGUCAGUUUGUUGCUUGGCCAAUGAAGGCUAAUCAGGCAAAGUACUGUAAACUGGCCUAUUCAUCGACAUUUGCCUUCUCCGUCCCGACUGGCCCAUUGCUUGCGCAGUUGGCACCGGACAGCACGAUUUUACUGAGCCGUGAUGGCAGAGAAACGUGGGCUGGAAAAUGGAAGUGCGGAGUGGUGGCGUUCCCUCAGCUCGUUCUCGCCGGCGUCGACGUCCAGGUCUCGCGCGUCACAUGGCUUCCUUGGGGCGAUGGGGCAGUUGAGGUCGAGACGACUUUGAUUCCUCCAGCGAAUGCCUGGCCCGAUUGGCACAUCAGAAUCCACCAAAUCACAGCGAACACACCCCUAGACAGCCUUCACAUUGUCGCCGGUGGAUUUGCCAUAAUGGGCAGAACAGGUUCGGGCCGGGGCCUGCCGGCCGUUGACCAUACAGCCGGCAAGUGCCCAGAUGAAGGUAUUCUAGAGGACGAAAUGUCAGUUUUGGUGCUCUCCUCCGCUGGCGCAAGCGGCAUCGUGUCCUACACGUCCAGCAGUGGUGUUCCGAUUUCUGCCAGGAGCCAUGCCCUCAAGCCUGAUGCGAAUACGAACAUUGCCUGUCAACGAACCCUAAUCCCAGUCACGGAGAAUGCUACUGGGUCACUUAAGGUCGGGCAUAGCUUCGUUCUGGUAGAGUGUGUAUUUGCUACGACUGAGAAGCAGGGAGCAGACUUGGGUCAACGUUGGGCGCAGUGUCCCAGGCUGGAUGCCUUGAGUGUAGCUUUCCCCCGACUAGCAGCCUAG